AUGUCAAACGAUUAGUUUUAUUUUAAUUUUGAAGUUGGUGUUGAUGAAGAAGUGAGUGAAAAAUAUGAUUAGAAAUCAGCAUUAUAGCCAUUAAGUUAAAGAAUUGAAAAAGCACCUUAAGAUAAAUAGAAUGAAAACAGUAACUCUCAUUCUUAGUAAGUACCUAAAUAAGAUUAACAACAUUUAGUUGAAAAUGAAUAAAGCAAGAUUGUGUAAGAUGAAAAAAAAUAGAACACUAAUUAUUAAAUUAUUGAAGAAUAAACUACUUAAACAUAGCGAGUAAUAAAAGCAAAACCUGAAAUAUAACAAAAGAUGAUAUAUUUAAGAAAGGCAACUAGUUUAGAAGAAUUCGAAAGUACUAUUUAAGAAUUGAUAAAGUAAAGAGAAGAGAUUAUGCUCAUAUAUUUCUUGAUUGAAAAUGAAAUCUAUAAUGAUUAGAUGCAUUUGAUGAUGUUUUUGAAAUUUACUUUUGAAAAGAAAUAAUAAGAUAUAUUUAAUAAUAUAUUAUGCCAAAAAGAGAUUGUAAAAUAUAUUUAAAAAUGCAAUGACAUAAGCAAAAUAAGUGAUAUACUAUACAUUGCCUUUUAAAGAAACAAUAGAUAUGAUGAUUCUUUCUUUUAGUAAAUUUGCAGUAUUAUUCAAUCUAAAAUUGAUAAUUAAAAAGACAAAGAAUAAUCAGAUUUUUUCCUUACUAAUUUUUUUAGAAUUAUGGUCAAAUCAAAAAGAUACAAUUAGAACAGUGGCUAGUACUUAUUUCCUUAAAAGUCUAAGAUAAAUGUCAAUAUCUUUUUAACAAAAAUUCUGGUGGUUAUACAAUACGUGAUUGCAUAUCCAUUGACAUGUUUUCCUAAAGGAUAUAAUUUUUCAAAUAUUGAGGUUAUUAAGGUGAUAAUUGAUUAUAUUUUUUUGUUAAAAACUGAAGAUAUUAUUUAAGUACAUUAUAUUAAGUACUUAUUUGAUUUAAUCUAACCACAUAUCAGUAACUUGAGUUUGGAUGGCAAGUAUAAAAUUCUAUAGUAUGUUUUAGAGUGUAUAAUUAUAAAAUAUGAUGAUAAAGACCCAGUAAAAUACCCUUAUUCAUCUUCUGUAUUGUUAUCAUACUUUGAAAGCAUAUUUUUACCAGAUCACGAAUCCUCAGAAACAAUUACAUUUUAAAUUGAUAAAGCCUUUGAAGAUAUUUAUUCUUUAACAUCAUAUGAAAUCAAUAAUUUAAUGACAAAUUUGUUUUACAGUUUUCCAUCAGAGUUCACAUUUCUAAUUAUGGAAUAGCUUGCUGACAGAUUGUGCUAGUCAAAUGAUUAAGAAGUCUAAAAUUGUUUGUAUUAAGAUAUUUUUUAAAAUUUAAUUUUAAAAAAAGCUACUGCAUGCAUUAAAAAGGAAGGGAAAAUAAAGCACCUCUGCAAUAUGAUAUCAACCUAUUUGUAUAUCUUUUAAGAUAAAAUAAAAGAAAACUCAAAGUGGGUAUUUUAAGUGCUAAAAUAUAAUAAUUUCAUUUUCCACUCAUUUUCAGAUUUAGAUUAAAUUUACUAAUAGCAGAGAAUAAAUCACUUUUGUAAACUUAUAAGGCAGAUCAUUUUGCAUAAACAACUUACUCCUGAUUUCCAAAAUAAAAUAGAACAAGCUUAUAAAAGUGUCAGCUCACUAGUAAAAAAAGAAUUAGAUCAAAAAGAAUUUAAAAGGAAGUGUUUUGAGUAUGAAAAUAAAGUUAAAAAGUAGGAAUCAUAUAUUGAUGGUAAAUAGUUUUCAGGAUUCGAUAAUUAUGGAAACACCUGCUACUUUAAUAGUUUCAAUCAAAUAAUCUUGAGGCUUCCUAUAUUUAAUGAAUAUUUAAAUUCAAAAAACAAAUACAUUGUCACACCUUUAUUUGAAAAUUACAGAAAAUUACUAAAAAGUUUAAAUUCUCCAAAUAAAUAUGGAGAUUAAAUACUAAUUAAAGAUAUUGUUUAAUUAUCAUCUCCUUUAUUUAGAUGGGGAACAUAGCAAGAUCCAUAGGAAUAUUUCGUAAACUUUGUUAGGCAAUUAUAUUUCGAUGAAAAAAAUAUUACUCGAAAAGAAGAAUAAGACAAAUAAGCUAUUUAGCAUAACUUAUUUACAAUCGAAAAAUUUGGCAGAAGAACAUGCCAUAAUUGUAAGUUAUAUUCAAAUUAUAAAAAGGAAUAGUCUCCUUCAAUUUAAAUUAACUUGGGAAGUUAAAUUGAUUCUACUGAAUUAGAUUUUUUUUAGCUUACUAAAUAAACAGAGUCUUAGUAUCAAAAAGCUAAACUAACGUGCUCUACAUGUAACAAAAACGUUGAAAUGAGCUCAGAUGAGUUGUAUUCUCGAAUACCUCCUAUCUUGGUAUUUUAAUUAAAUAGGAUAAAAGAUUACUAAUGUAACAAAAAUUUAUGCAAAGUAAAAUUUCCUGAGUUCUUCAAUUUUUUAGAAAUAUAAAAUAAUGGAUAUAAUUUCCCUUACAAUAAAUCAAACUACAGGUUAGUUGGUAUAGUAAAUCAUAUCGGCAAAUAUACUAAUUGUGGGCACUAUGUUUGUUAUCUGCGUUAUAAAUAAACUAACAAAUGGAUACUAUUCAAUGAUAAAUAAGUAGACGUUUUCUAAAAUAGUCUGACACUAAGCUAAAUUUUGCAAAUCAAUUCAAAUGAUAAUACUCCAUACUUGUUAGUAUACCAAAAUUUUACUGAAAAUGAGCCUGUUUCCAAAGAAUAAGCAAUACUAGAUUAUUUUGAUCGCUUUAGAUAAUAUGAUAAAUACCAUUAAAAUUAAAGUUGA